AUGGCAGCGACCACCGCCAAAGCACAGCCGCCUCUGGGCGAGAACCCUGGGGAAGAGCCCGUUCCGGUGGACGCGCGUGUGGCCCAGUACCUCGACGCUGAAAAGAGAACUGGUUCUUUCGCGAAAGCGCAAGAUAAGGUGUUCGAUGACGGAGAUCGGAACACGUCACCUGCAACGGCACCGCCACUGAGUAGGGAGAGACCUCCAACCCCUCUGAUCGAGGCGCCUCAAGAGCGGCCCGCUGCCUACGACAUCACCCAGACAAUGCGAGGUCAAGGAAAACAAGUGGAGCGCGCUUCGCCGCUGGCCGUGACCCAGGAGUUAUCUACGGUCUUGAUGAAUGCUGCGCAGGCGUCGCCGUCGGCAAGGAGCCAGGGUCCGCGCGAGGGUCUGCUUACCCGAGGACAGACUCGCACGAAACUGGCGCUCCAGAGAGCAAGCGAAUCCUGGGCCGACCUUGCUGGAAUGGUACGUGGUGACCUGGAUGCCUCCUCUGAUCGCGAACGCGUGCAAGAGCGCUUCGAGCGGGCGCUCAUGGAGGUGCUCGGGACAGAGGCAAUGCCUGUCAGCGGGUUACCGCUUCUCUUUGCUCCGCUGACAUUCGCGACGGAAGCUAUGGAGGAUGUGGUUGAAGAUGAGUUUUCGCGGUGCUUCAAACGGACCCCUGUCCCUGCGUGGAACUGGAACGUGUACCUUUUCUUACCAUGGGUAUUCGGUGUCGUUAUCCGAUACGGCAUCCUACUGCCUUUGCGCGUACUCUGCCUCGUGAGUGGGAGCGUGCUUUUCGCGCUCGCGUUCUCCAUAACCAAAUGGCUCUAUCGAAGAAAUCCAGAACGUCGUCACGAGCUGGAAAGAAAGCUUAUUGUCUUGUACUCAGCGUGCUGGAUCAUGUCUAUGAGCGGCGUUAUCGCGUAUCAUGGAACUCGUCCACGAAUGCGACCGCAUGCGAUUUACGUUGCGAAUCACUCGUCGCUGAUCGAUUUGAUUGUGCUCCAGCAACUGUGUCCGUUUGCGACCGUUGGCCAGGCACACGGUGGUAUCGUGGGCUUGCUCCAAAAGCACGUCCUCGAGUGUCUUGGAUGCAUCUGGUUCUCGCGCGACGACCUCCAGGAUCGACAGCUUGUACGGAAACGGAUCGAAGAACACCUUCAGAAGCCGAAUGUUCCACCACUGCUCAUUUUUCCCGAGGGUACCUGUGUGAACAAUGAAUACUGCUUAAUGUUUAAGAAGGGCGCCUUCGAGAUGAAGGAUGCCGUCAUUUACCCGGUUGCAAUCAAGUACAACAAGCUUUUCGCGGACGCGUUCUGGAACUCCAUGGAGGAGUCGUUUCUUUGGCAUCUCUUUCGUAUCUGGACGAGUUGGGCGUUAGUUGCUGACGUCUACUUCCUGGAGCCCAUGAAACAACAACCGAAUGAAUCGGCCGCCGAGUUUGCAGCUCGAGUGAAGCGAGCGAUCUGUUCUGCGGCAGGCCUCAAGUCCGUUGAAAUCGAUGGCUAUUACAAACGGAUGCAGGUCAGCGAUAAGUACGUUCGUGCACGGCAAGAGAAAGUCGCGCAGGCAUUGGUCGCUACCCUGGAACGAGUCCCGCGCGGUGCCAAGUCCGAGACGGACAUCGACGGCACCCCGUCGGAUGAUUUGCGCAACCAUCGACCCAAGACGGCUCGCUUCUAA